GCGGGCGGGGCAUGCGUCAGUCGCGCAGCGAGCGCUAUAUGAAAAGUACGUCGGGUGGCGCCGCGCCAGCCCGUCGCGUGUCAGUGUUGUGUCACAGCGGUGGGCCAGGUCGGUUUCGAGAUUACUUCGGUCCGACAAAACCAUGGCUCUCAAUUCGGACAGUGAACAGAAAUCGAACCUGGUCCUCCGCGUAGACCAGGAUUCGGACUCGGUUCUACAGUCUUUAUUCGACACAGUGCUCAAGCCGGACUCAAAGCGGCCGCUACAGGUGCCUCUGCGUAUGCGACAGCUUCCAAAGUCGUUCUUUAACCCGCCGUCGACCGGUUCCAAGUCGCCAUCCGUGUCUCACUCGCGAGAAAACUCGGCCGAUUCGGCGUUCGGGUCGUCGUCUGCGACAGGCGCCGCGCCGGUGUCGCACUCCCGAGCACACUCCUCGCCGGCGAGUCUCCAGCAGACCUAUGCGGCGGGGCAACAGACGCAGCAAGCGCCCCUGCACCACCAGCACUCCAAACAGAGGUCCUACGAUGUCGGCACACACAUGCAAGAUGAUCUCGGCCCAUUGCCGUCCGGCUGGGAACAAGCACGUACUCCAGAGGGACAGAUAUAUUAUCUCAAUCACAUAACAAAGACGACGACAUGGGAGGACCCACGCAAGACGCUUGCAGCGCAGAGCGCGGAAGCCAUGCUAGCACAAGCCACCGCGCCGCAGACCAUUGCACCCGCCACACCAACAGCAGCGAAGAGUACAAGUAGUAGCGCGGCGAGUGAUCCGCUGGGCCCGCUGCCCGACGGCUGGGAGCAGGCCGCCACGCCCGAGGGAGAGGUCUACUUCAUCAACCACGCCGCACGCACCACAUCCUGGUUCGAUCCUAGAAUACCACAACACCUUCAGCGCACGCCGGUGGCGGGCGCGGGCGCAGCGGGCGGCGGCUGGGCCAACGCCUCGCUGCAGGCCUGCCAGCAGAAGUUGCGUCUACAGUCGCUGCAGAUGGAGCGCGAGCGGCUCAAGCAGCGCCAGCAGGAGAUCAUGCUCCAGCAAGAGUUAAUGGGCCGGCAAUCGAGCUCGAUCGUGUCGUCUCUGGCGAGCGGCGGAGGCGCGGGGGCCGCGGGAGUGCAGGGCGCGGGCGCGGGCGGGGGCGCGGCCGCAGACCUCGACCCCUUCCUGUCCGGCCUGACCGAGCACCAGCGCCAGGAGUCCGCCGACAGCGGCCUGGGCAUGGCCGUCAACCCCUCCUACUCCAUGCCGCACACGCCCGAGGACUUCCUGGCGGGCAUGGACGACCGCAUGGACUGCACCAGCGAGGCCGGCGCCAUAGACCCCGACAUCUCGCUCGGCGACAACAUAGAUCCCACCGACGACCUGGUGCCUUCACUACAGUUGAGCGAAUUCACCAACGAUAUACUUCUGGACGACGUACAAUCACUGAUCAAUUCAACGCCGAGCAAGACGGACAACGUCCUCACCUGGCUCUAGGCUUAGGCCGGGCUUCUUAUCUUAGUUAUUAUUAUACUUUAGUACUUACCGUUUAUAUCACUUUCACACAAGGGAAGCAGAGUCAGGCAGAGCAGUACUACACAACAGUACUUGACAGUGUGAGUCCAAAUGAAAGCAGUACUGGUCUGUUCUACUGGUCUACUUGACUGUGUUUCCCUCGUGUGAAAGUGUGAUUACUGACCCCGCAGACUGACCGCGCGGUAGUGACGCGGCAAACGACAUAAUCAAAGUCUGUCAGGUCAAUACAAAACGUUUUUAUUUUUAAGUUAAUUGUUUUGAUACGAAUGUCUCAAAACAAUUAAAAUUCACUUGUUUUACUUCACAAAUUCGUAUUAGAUUAAAAUUGUUAUUUUGAUUAUUUUUUUUAACCU